CUUGAUCGCAGAGAGGGUUGUAUGUGAGAGUGUGGUAGGGCUGGAGUGAGUGAACCGCCGAUGAAUAAGACUGGUAUCAAGAGUUAGUCCUGCCUCCUGUGUGUUAAGAUGACCAAGCUGGGCUUCCUGCGUCUGUCCUAUGAGAAACAGGACACCCUGCUGAAACUGCUCAUCCUGUCUAUGGCAGCCGUCCUGUCGUUCUCCACCAGACUGUUCUCUGUGCUUCGGUUCGAGAGUGUCAUCCAUGAGUUCGAUCCUUAUUUCAAUUACCGGACCACUCGCUUCUUGGCAGAAGAGGGCUUUUACAAAUUCCAUAACUGGUUUGAUGAUCGGGCUUGGUAUCCACUUGGGAGGAUUAUAGGAGGCACCAUCUAUCCCGGGUUGAUGAUCACAUCUGCGGCUUUGUAUCACGUUCUACACUUCUUCCACAUCACCAUCGACAUCCGCAAUGUGUGUGUGUUCCUCGCCCCUCUCUUCUCCUCCUUCACCGCUAUCGUCACCUACCACUUCACAAAAGAGCUCAAGGAUGCGGGUGCAGGGCUUCUGGCUGCCGCCAUGAUCGCUGUCGUCCCGGGAUACAUCUCACGUUCUGUGGCAGGCUCUUAUGACAAUGAAGGAAUCGCCAUUUUCUGCAUGCUGUUGACGUACUACAUGUGGAUCAAAGCAGUGAAGACAGGCUCCAUUUAUUGGUCGUCCAUGUGCGCGCUGGCAUAUUUUUACAUGGUGUCCUCCUGGGGUGGUUACGUGUUUCUGAUUAACCUCAUUCCCCUGCACGUGCUGGUGUUGAUGCUUACCGGCCGUUUCUCUCAUCGCAUCUAUGUGGCGUACUGCACAGUCUACUGCCUGGGCACCAUCCUCUCCAUGCAGAUCUCUUUUGUUGGAUUCCAGCCUGUCCAGUCCUCCGAACACAUGGCUGCAUUCGGGGUGUUUGGCCUGUGUCAGAUUCACGCCUUUGUCGAUUACCUCCGGAGCAAAUUGAACACGCAGCAGUUUGAAGUGUUGUUCAAAAGUGUCAUUUCGCUGGUCGGUAUCAUCCUGCUCUCUGCAGGUGCAGUGCUCAUGCUGACAGGGAAAAUCUCACCUUGGACUGGCCGUUUUUACUCUCUGCUGGAUCCAUCGUACGCCAAGAACAACAUCCCCAUCAUCGCCUCUGUGUCUGAGCACCAGCCCACCACCUGGUCCUCCUACUACUUUGACCUGCAGCUUCUGGUCUUCAUGUUUCCAGUUGGCCUUUAUUACUGCUUUAACAACCUCUCCGAUGCCACGAUUUUCAUCAUCAUGUAUGGCGUCACCAGCAUGUACUUCUCAGCUGUGAUGGUGCGUCUCAUGUUAGUCUUGGCUCCCGUCAUGUGCAUCCUGUCAGGCAUCGGCGUUUCUCAGGUCCUCACCACCUACAUGAAGAACCUGGAUGUCAGCCGACCGGACAAGAAGUCCAAAAAGCAGCAGGACUCCACUUACCCAAUCAAAAAUGAGGUGGCAAGUGGGAUGAUUCUGGUCAUGGCGUUUUUCCUCAUCACAUACACCUUCCACUCCACCUGGGUGACCAGCGAGGCGUACUCCUCCCCGUCUAUUGUGCUCUCCGCCCGUGGUGGUGAUGGCAGCCGCAUCAUCUUCGAUGACUUCAGAGAGGCAUAUUACUGGCUCAGACACAACACACCAGAGGAUGCUAAAGUCAUGUCGUGGUGGGAUUAUGGGUAUCAAAUAACAGCGAUGGCCAAUCGAACGAUUCUGGUUGACAACAACACUUGGAAUAACACUCACAUCUCCAGAGUGGGUCAGGCUAUGGCCUCCACUGAGGAGAAAGCCUAUGAGAUUAUGCGAGAACUGGAUGUUAGUUACGUCCUGGUGAUCUUUGGUGGACUGACAGGAUAUUCAUCUGAUGACAUUAAUAAGUUCCUGUGGAUGGUCCGUAUCGGGGGCAGCACGGACACAGGGAGGCACAUAAAGGAACAUGACUACUACACGCCGACCGGAGAGUUCCGCGUGGACCGUGAGGGUUUUCCAGAGCGUCCUCCUGGUUACGACAGAGUUCGUAAUGCUGAGAUUGGCAACAAGGACUUUGAGCUGGAUGUGCUGGAGGAAGCAUAUACUACAGAGCACUGGCUCGUCAGGAUAUACAAGGUCAAAGACCUUGACAACCGUGGCCUCUCAAGAACGUAAAACCCAGAAACUCAAAAUCCCACCCCCCUCUUCUGAACACACAGCACUGAACAUCUGCGGGCCCCAUCCCAUGAUCUGAGGAGAAAGCAUGAAGAUUUUUUAUACUUUUGUUGUAAUUGCUGAAAGAGAUUUUCUUUUCUUACCUUUGUUUUCUUGGUCUGUUUUUUAAAUUUGAUUGUGAAAUGUGAUGUUUACUGGGGCCAGAAGGUGUCAAAUUAUCACCUGAAAAGGUGAGAAUAAUGUUCAUAAGUCAUUUCUGCAAUCAGCUGGCCGGAUAACUGUUUGAUUUGUCUUUAAUGGGUGAAUAAAGGAGUGACUGGGA